AUCUUGGUAAACGCGUAACCGACACGUAUCUAGAUAUUCUUGUAAGACCUUCCUAAAUAAAUACCGUUAGUGAAGGAAGUAUUCAUGGUUUAUAAAAAGAAUUAGCUCACUGUUAAAUUUCUAUUGCUGCAUGUGCAGUGACGUACAAGUCUCUUGUCUGUGUUUUGCAGAUUCAUUAAUUUCGUUUUUUCGGACUCACUACAACUAAUUCACGAUGAUAACGUUUAGUUUACCCUGUGCUUUAUUAUUCGGAACAUUACUAGUUCAUGCCGUGAAAGUGAAAGAAACAAUACCGCUAACAGCGUUCGAACAAUCGUCACCGGACGUCGUUAAAGAGUCUGUCACUAGACCGCCAAUUCAUUGGAUACCACCAGAAAAGGUAAAUGCCGAAAAUCAACCAUUGGUUGCAGUAGAGCAGCAGUUUACAUCAACAGAUAAACAGACGGAUAAGAUUUUUGUCGGUGGGCCGAUAAAUCCAGGGAUAGGGACACACAAAUCAAAUUCAGAAAAUAUACCACUGGUUGCAUUAGAACCGAAAGUAAAGCACAUAGUUCAAGAACUGGAUUCCGCUACGGAUACGCCAAUUUUCCGUACUCAGCCACACAUUGCCCAUACUGUUCAAUAUACACAACCGCAUAAUCCAGGAACAAAUUCUAUGGAGUUUUCUCACCAAACACUUUUCAAAAUGAUUACGGAAGAACGUGAAGCAAGGUUGAAGUUGGAACAUCGUCAGACCGUUUUGGAACAUACUUUAAACCAAGAAGUCAAAAAGAUGCAAUCAGAAAUGAAAAGUUGGGUAUCAAAUCAAACCGAAGUCGUACCAAUAAACACGACUGGAUUAACACAAAUGGCAGACAGUUUUAAUGCAAAAUUGCAAAAUAUUAGUGACAAAGUUUCAAAAAUAAGCAGCAAUUUAGUCAGCGUAUUGAACGAAAUUGCUUCAAGUAAAACUGAAGCAAACCAAUUCAACAAAAGCCUUCACGAUAUAGAUACUAGAAUAAAAUAUUUAGAAAUGUUUGAAAACAAUGAAAAUAACAUUAUAUUUGGAUUUAAUUAUCAACUGCAAGCAUUGGACAGAGAAAUUAAAGCAGCUGUUAAAAAUAUAAGUACGUGGCUUUCCAACGGAAGUCGUUACGAAAGUGAUCUCAAUGCUAUUAAAAUGAAAACAAAAGAUUUGGAAGAAACUGUCGCAGACACAAAUGCUACAAUCAAUCUUUUGUUAGCGAGAAAAAAUGAUGGUGGUUCUAACACGGCGAAUAUUACAAGUAUAGACAACAAAAUUAAUGACUUAAUCACCUCAGUAAAUACUUCAACUAGGAACUACUGUGAUGGGAAAGUUGCCACAGUGAGAAAGUCGUACGUAGGAGAAGUUACAAAUCUAUAUAAAAUGAUCAACACUAACGCGGGGAGUAUUAACAAAAAUGGGGCUGAACUCUCCAGACAAUCUCAAUUCAUCGAAUUAAAUCUAACUAAAACUAUUCGAAAUGUAGAAUUAAAUUUGAAUAAGGAGAUCCAUACGCUGACCGAAAUGCAUAAUAAAAGCUCACUAGUGAUCAUGAAUAACAUAGACCAGCUUAGAACCAACGAGAACCAAAUAAAACAGAACUUGACAAAAGAAGUUGAACGUUUGUCAUUAGACUGCAAUCAAAGCGUCACAAAAAUCAAUGCAAAACUGGAGAGCCAAAUAAUGGCCGUGAACAUAUCAUGCCUUUCAGGUUCACAAGCAUUAGAAAGGAGUCUUCAGGAACUUGACGGAAAAUUAGUUGAAAUUAAAGAUAAUCUAACACGAUCAGUCGACGAAACUGGCAAAGCUAGCAACAAAACAAUAGCCUCUGUUUCGAUGGAAUUGAAACAGACAUUGCAAGCUCUGGAACAAAGACAAAACAAAAGUUUACAUGACAUCGGAGAAAAAACGGAACAACAAAAAUAUAUUUCAAAUUCAAUCAAAACGAACCUUACAGAAGAAAUUAAUAAAUUAAACUCGUCCCUUCAUCGUAAGAUAGGUAACGUUCAAACUGAAGUGAAAAAUGAAAUCGUGAGUAUUGGAGAACAUUGUAACUCAACCAUUGGAAAUGCUUUGAUAAAGAUAAGCGAAUUAGAGACUAUUCAAAAUGCUUGCUGUAGUGGUCUUAAGAAGCGUUUAGCUCAAGUUUCCGAAAUGAGCUUGAAUAAUCUCACUACUUUAGAGAAAAAGCUCGAAGUCAAAAUAGAAAUGCUGAAUCAAGAGUUUAACAGUACUGUUAGUAAGCUUAUUCCUGGUCUACAGACAGGACUUUCUUCAACAUUUGAAAUACAAAUAAAUCAAACCCUUGAUGCAAUUGAAGCAGUCACGGAGAAAAACAUUUCUAGAAUCGAAAAUCAGGUAAUGAAAGACACUGUUCAACUAGCAGGUGUAAAUGCCAGAAUUACCCAGAAUGCACUAACUGUUGCAAAUAUAUGGCAGGAGCUGACUACUCUGAAAAACAGCCACAAGAAAGAUGUAAGCGAUUUAAAGGCAGAAUACUCUCACAAUAUAUCCUCUGUUGAAACAGAGUUUAAAACGGCAAUAACAAACAUAGUGAAAAACGAACAUGCAAAUAUUAACAGCUUCCUGGCUGGAUUAGGGAACCUACGACACCAAUUCGAAGAUUUGCAAAGAAACUACUCUGAUUUUACUCGUCAGGUAUUCGUGAAUAGUUUAAAAGGCAAAGUCGCCAUGACAACCUGUGGUUCGGCAAGCAAGGCAUACUCUGGUAGUUCCGUUAUACCAUUCAGUGAUAUCAAAACUUCAUACGGAAUAAACAAUUUUGGAGAUUUCAACACAACAGGGAAAUUCUCAUCCCAAGGUCCCGGAUUAUACUUGAUAUCUGCUCAAAUCAUGUCGAAUUCGAAAGGUGCCGAAUAUAGAAUAAGUAAAAACGGAAAGGAAAUAAUUCGAGUAGAAGUCGGACCAUACCACGACGACGAUACCCAUAAUUAUCACACCGGAACUGGUUUGGCAGUUGUCACCCUUGAUUUGAAUGAUAAAGUGUGGAUUGAAGUGUUAGAAAGUGUAACAAGCAUGUACGUCUUUGGUGCCGAAUCGUGUUUCACUGUUAUAAAAUUGAACUAGAACUUCAGAAAAUGGCUAGUUAAACACGAUUUGAGAUGAAUUUUGAAUGAUUGGCAUACAGAAAAUUAGAUAAUAAAGUACCACUAAAAGAGGCUGCUAAGGACAGUAGAAACAUUCUCGGGUUUAAUAAAACUAAUUU